CGUCAACUUCGUGGGCUGUUUGAAUUCAUCCCUUUCUUUUUUUUUUCCCGCGCAGGUCGCUUGCUAGGUUCACUCGAGCCCAUCGCGCCUCCCCCUCCCCCCUUCUCUCAUCAUGACUACCGAGCGGUUGCGCGUGCUCAUUGUCGGCAAUGGCGGUCGUGAACAUGCGCUGGCCUGGAAAUUGAGCCAGUCGCCUCGCGUCGACACCGUCUUCGUCGCUCCCGGAAACGGCGGUACCGGCAGCGGUGCCUCAGACAAGAUUCAGAACGCCAACGUCAAGGGCGAUGAUUACCCCGGACUAGUGGCCUUCGCCCAGCAGAACGGCGUGAACCUGGUGGUACCUGGUCCUGAGGCUCCCCUAGUGGACGGCAUCCAGGGUUAUUUCCAGGCCGUCGGUAUCCGAUGCUUUGGUCCCUCCAAGGCCGCUGCCCGCAUGGAGGGUUCCAAGACCUUCUCGAAGGAUUUCAUGAAGCGCCACAACAUUCCCACUGCCGCCUACGAGAACUUUUAUGAAUAUGAGCCCGCUCGCCAGUAUCUCGACUCCGUUUCCCACCAGGUCGUGAUCAAGGCCGACGGCCUGGCCGGUGGUAAGGGUGUCAUCAUCCCUACCACGAAGGAGGAAGCCCACCAGGCUCUUCGUGAGAUGAUGGUUGAGAACCAGUUUGGUAAGGCUGGCAGCGAGGUCGUUAUCGAGGAAUACCUGGAGGGGGAUGAACUCAGUGUUCUCACUUUCUCCGACGGCUACACCAUCCGUUCUCUUCCGGCUGCCCAGGAUCACAAGCGCAUCUUUGACGGGGACCAGGGCCCCAACACCGGUGGCAUGGGCUGCUACGCCCCGACCCCCAUUUCCUCCAAGGCCGUGCUGGAUGAGAUCGACCGCACCAUUGUGCAGCCAUCUGUUGACGGCAUGAGAAGAGACGGCUUCCCUUUCGUCGGCAUUCUCUUUACCGGUUUGAUGAUGACCAAGGACGGCCCCAAGGUCCUCGAGUACAAUGUUCGUGGUGGGGACCCCGAGACCCAGACCCUGCUGCCCCUGCUCAGCGAUGAUACCGAUUUGGCCGAGAUCAUGGUUGCCUGCACGGAACACUGGCUUGACGGUGUUUCCAUCAAGAUCAAGCCCAACUUCUCCACCACGGUCAUUGCCGUCGCUGGUGGCUACCCUGGCUCUUACGCCAAGGGCAAGAAGAUCACUCUUGACUCUCCCGCCGAAGGGACCCUCAUUUUCCACGCCGGCACCAACCUUGUCAACGGCGAGUUGCAGACCGCCGGUGGCCGUGUCAUUGCGUCCACCGCGACCGCUUCCAGCCUUGAAGAGGCUGUCCGCAAGAGCUAUGAGGGUAUCUCCACCAUUCACUUCGAGGACAUGUUCUACCGCAAGGACAUCGCCCAUCGGGCAUUCCGCCAGCGCGAUGCCGCUGCCGCCCAGAAGGAAUCACUCACCUACGCCGCUGCGGGUGUCUCCAUUGAUGCUGGCAACGACCUCGUCAACCAAAUCAAGAGCUCUGUCGCCAAGACCAAGCGUCCUGGUACUGACGCCGUGAUCGGUGGCUUUGGUGGCCUCUUCUCCCUCGCCGCCGCCAACUCCGCCUACGACCCCAACUCCCCGACCCUGAUCGGUGCCAUUGACGGUGUCGGUACCAAGCUCAAGAUCGCUCACGCGGCCGGUGUACACAACACCGUGGGUAUUGACCUUGUCGCCAUGAACGUCAACGACUUGGUUGUUCAGGGUGCGGAGCCCCUCUUCUUCCUCGACUGCUACUCCUGCGGUCACCUGGACGUGCCCACGGCCGCCGCCUUCGUCACAGGUGUCGCCGAUGGCUGUGUUCAGGCUGGCUGUGCCCUGAUUGGUGGUGAAACCGCCGAGAUGCCCGGUCUUUUCGUCGACAACACCUACGAUGCCGUUGGUGCCGCCGUCGGUGCCAUCAACACUACGGGCCCCAACGCCCGGCCUAUCCUUCCCGAGACCGCGGCUAUGAAGGCCGGUGACGUGCUGCUGGCUCUGGCCUCCUCUGGCCCUCACUCCAACGGCUACUCGCUGGUCCGCAAGGUCGUUGAACGCUCCGGCCUUAGCUACGAUGCCGCCGCUCCCUUCACCAUGCCCUCUGCCACCGGGCCCCAGACACUCGGCCAGGCCCUUCUCACUCCCACUCGUAUCUACGUGAAGCCCCUUCUCAAAGCCCUCUCUAUUCCCUCCGCCACCCCCACCGCUCCCAACUCUUCCGCCAUCAAGGGUCUUGCUCACAUUACCGGUGGCGGUCUGGUUGACAACGUUCCCCGUAUGUUGCCCUCAACCCUGACCGCACACAUCAACGUGGAGGGCUGGAAGCUGCCCUCGGUCUUCGCCUGGCUCAAGCAGACCGGAAACGUCGAGGCCAUUGAAAUGGCCCGCGCCUUCAACUGCGGUGUCGGUAUGGUUAUUGCCGUCGAGAAGGGCUCCGAGGCUGCCGUCAAAGACCUCCUCCAGAAGGAGGGUGAGACCGUCUAUGAGAUCGGAGAGCUCCAGGCCAGAAAAGAGGGCGAGGAGGGAUGUGUCCUCACUGGAUUGGAGAGCUGGGACGCUUAAACCUUAUCCUGAAAUGAUUUAUACCAAAUGCUGCAAUAAUUGGUUUUUCUUUUUUCCCUUUCUCCUAAAACUUGAAUGAAAAGUACUUCCUCGGGAUUAUGUUUAGAUGAGGGAGCGGUGUGAUUGAUGUUUAUUACGAUUUGUGCCACCAGAGCAUGGUUUGCCUGGUUUGUUUCUUGGAUGUAUUUAUGAUUUUAUUACAUAUACCUCCUCUCAAUGAGAG